CAUCAACAAGAGAUCGUAUAUUACAAGUAGCAACUUCUGUAGCGUCCCGACUAAAACAUACCUGUUUAGAAUUAAGUAGGCUUGUAUGUUAUAAUGAAAUUCUUGAAAAGGACUUAUGUUCAACGGUAAUGGAAGAUAAAACAUAUUGGCAAAAUCGAAGAAGUUAUUUUACUCCUGGAGAUAACAUGGAUGAUAAUUCUUCUUUUCUAUUUACACAAUCUGAUUUUCCAUCAAAAACUUUGGGUGUUCCUGAGUCAUUUGGUCAAUUAUUUGUCAAGGAACCGAUUAGUAGUAGUAAUAAACUACUCGAUCCAGCUGAAAGGGAUGCUGAAAAUAAUUUACGAUUAGCUACUAUGACUUUAUUACCUUGUAGUUCUACAUCUUCUUUAUCUUCAAGUUCAAGUACUAGUGGUUCCAGUAGAUUGACUCUUUCAAUUAAUGGUGAUAAUGAAGAAGAGUAUGAUUUUCAAGGAAAUGUUUCAGAGUAUGAACUUGAGAUAUUUCCACAAAAUGGUAAUCGUAAUGAAGAUCGAGAUGAUAUUAGUUUUAGGGAUGAUGCUAGUAGUAUAAUUAUACUUGAAGACAUUAGGGAUCGAUCAUCUUUAGCGAAUAGAAGUGAAGACGAAGAAUACGAAGCUAGUGUGCAUGACAUUGGAUCAGAACACCAUGGAGAACGUUCAGAUGGGAGGGAAGCACAUGCGACAGAACAUAAUGAAAUUCUAACAUCGUCAUCAUUGGAAAAUAAGAAAGUGAGCAAAUCCGAAAAUGAAACGCUAGUUGUUGGAAAUGUUCCAAAGGCUCAAUUUGAAGUUCCUCAAAUUCAGCUAGAUUUGAAACCUGAGAGUAGACUACCAAUGAACUUAGGUUUAGGAAUAACAUCUAAUGAAGUAACAGUACCUGUUCUUGUUAUAUCAGCUGUUGAAGAAGAAUUUAAGGACGAAACGAAUGAUGGUAAUGUUUCGGAUGAUAGUGGAGAUCAAUUUGUCGAUGCUGAAGAAUGGGGAUCGUAA